GAAGGGUACAAAUUAAAAAUCAUUAAACGGAUUGAAGUAACAAAAAUUUGUAUAGAAAAAGUAAAUUUUAUUUAUAAAAGUGUUCAAAAAUUAAUUAUUAGUUUGUGACUUUACAUUACUUUGCUUAUCAGAUGAUAACCUGAAAUAUUCAUAUUUACAUUACCUGAAUAUUGUAUUUAUUGAUAAUUAUCAAGAAUGUCCAUGCAAUGUCAAUUAUGGAUGGGCAGUUUGGAGCCGAAUAUGACGGAGAGUUUUAUAAUGGCAGCGUUUCAUCGUAUGGGGCAACGUCCGCUUGCUGUAAAAGUAAUGAGAAAUAAAUUUACCGGGGAACCAGCCGGGUAUGCAUUCGUUCACUUCCAGACUGAUGAAGAAGCUAUAGACACAAUGCACAAACUUAAUGGAAAACCCAUACCUGGUACAUUUCCAGUUGUCCGAUUCAGACUAAACACAGCAUCGAGGGAGGCUAGAUCUAAUAUACAACAGGAGAGAGAGUUCUCCGUAUGGGUUGGUGACCUUAGUCCUGAUGUGGAUGACUAUUCCCUAUACAGGGUGUUUGCAGGAAAAUACAAUUCUAUUAAAACUGCAAAAGUUAUAUUAGAUGGCUCUGGCUAUACAAAAGGUUAUGGCUUUGUGCGUUUUGGCAGUGAAGAUGAACAGCGUAAUGCACUGUACGCUAUGAAUGGAUACACAGGUCUAGGAAAUAAGCCUCUUAAAAUAUGUACAGCUGUGCCAAAGCCUAAAGGGGCUGUUACCCCACAGAACUCUUCACCUGCAACUGCAAACGCACCAACAUAUAACAGUGGCACGGAGUACAACCAUUAUUACGAUCCGUCCGCGUAUUGGCAAAAUUACUCAGCGUGGUCGGGUUACUAUGGGCAGGACCAAAAUGCCGCGGCCACUCAGCCGCAGCAACAACAGCCACAGCUCCCGGACACUGCGCAACCGCCGCCCGCGAAAGUACAAAAUGACGAGUUGGCUCUUGUUGAUCACAAGAGAGUUAUUGACGUGGAUCAGAUGAACCAAGAAUUCCUGGACCCGGAAUUAUGUGUUUGGGACGCGCUCGAAGCGUCGCAGUGGUUCCCGCAAGAAAUCGUGGAAGCACAUUAAAAUGAUUAGCUUAAUCGAAAUAGUUUUUAUAAGAAUUCUAGAUUUUAAAUAAAUUUAAUAUAGAAAG